CCCCGCUCGGGCCCGUGAGCGCGGGCCAUGGCGGCCAGAAACGCGGGCACCGAGCUGGGUGAUCCGAGGGGUGGCCGAGCCCUACGUAAUGACCCGUCCAGACAUGCUUUUCUGUGCCACUGCCUAUAUGGAAGCUGUAUUCCUGCUGCCGGGCUCGGGAAAGGAGAAGCAGCCUUCCCACUUCCCCGCAUAGCCAAACCCGACUGCAGUGGUGGGCAGAAUUCAGAGCUUGGCUGGAUCUCCAAAGUGUAUGUGAAUCCACCUGCAGUUGUAAGGCAUGCAGAACAGAUUCAGAAAUGGCGGACUGUGAAAGGUAAUUGGCAAGCUGCUUGGCUGUUGAAAGCUGUCACCUGCAUAGACCUUACCACGCUUUCAGGAGAUGAUACUCCUUCAAAUGUCCACAGACUGUGUUUUAAAGCUAAGCAUCCCAUCAGAGAGGAUCUGCUGAAAGCCAUGGAUAUGCAUGAUAAAGGUGUGAUCAACUUUGUUCUGUUAGGAAUUACUGUUGCAGCGGUUUGUGUAUAUCCUGCAAGAGUCGCCGAUGCUGUUAACGCCCUGAAGGCUGCUGGUUGUAAUAUACCAGUAGCUUCAGUGGCUGCUGGGUUUCCAUCUGGACAAACUCCUAUAGAAACUAAACUGGCUGAAAUAAAGUUGGCUGUACAGUAUGGUGCCAGAGAGAUUGACAUCGUCAUUAGCAGGAGCUUGGUGCUGAGUGGCCAAUGGGAAGGUCUGUAUGAGGAGAUCCGUCAGUGCCGUGAGGCCUGUGGAGAAGCUCACAUGAAAACAAUCCUAGCAACAGGUGAACUAGGGUCCCUUGCUAAUGUCUACAAAGCCAGUAUGAUAGCUAUGAUGGCAGGUUCUGAUUUUAUAAAGACAUCUACAGGAAAGGAAGUGGAAAAUGCGACUCUUCCAGUUGGAGUAGUCAUGAUGCGAGCCAUUAAAGAAUUCUACUGGCAAACCGGCUUUAAGGUUGGAUUUAAGCCUGCUGGUGGCAUUCGGACAGCAAAAGAAGCUAUUACUUGGCUUAUGCUGGUGAAGGAGGAACUGGGAGUGGAAUGGCUGAAACCAGAGCUCUUUCGCCUUGGUGCUAGUAGUUUGUUGGAAGACAUUGAGAAACAGAUUUUCCACUACGUGACUGGCUCUUAUGCACUUCAGCACGACCUGGCAAUGGCUUAAAUAAAAAUCAACUCAGGAUUAUUUUUAUAAAAGAAGUCUUUAGAAAAACAGCAUUCAGAAGUCUUCUGACAACUGAGUACAUUUGAUAGAAUUAAAAGCGUAAUUCUCUCAUAUAUUACAGCGUUUAAAAAUGCACUCAAGUCUGCUGGUUGUACUUGAUCAAAAAGUGGAAAAAAUGGUAAUUCUGAAACAGUUAAAUAGUUAAUACUUACAGAUUUGUGAAGUUAAUCUUGCGAAGUCUUCCUCAGACCAGCCUGAAAAGCUUAUUAAUGGCAACACUGAAAUACUAUGAAAAAGAUUUGGGUGUCCUGGUAACACUUUGUAGUCUGAGAAAUGGAGUAUCUAAAGAACGUUUCAUAUUGCUAAUUAAGAGCUACAGAUCUUGGAACAGCUUUCCAUUCACCUCUAACUAGAUCUUCUGUAGGGAUAUGUUGCACUGUUGUUAUGUUGAUUUCAAGCAUUGUAACCUGAGAAAAUGAAACUUGGUUAUUUCUUUCUCUU